GGAAGUCCCACAAUCCCUCCAUCCAUCCAUCAAUCACUCCCUCCAUUCUCCCGGUGCAGCAGGAUUUUGUUUCUGGAUCUAUGAGACGAGGAUGUGAGGUCAGGGGAACGGGACGGCAGAAAUAUCGGAAACUGCAGCAGGAUUUCUUUUGACUGUGUGUGUUUUGUCCAGCCUUGGGAUUCACCACAACAGGGACUGAACCCACGUGAAGACACAAGUUCACCGGGACAUCCCAAGUCUUCUUUGCACCCUGUAGAUGAGAGUGAGGGAGCGUGGAGGAGAGAGUUGGACGAUGGGAGGAGUGGAAAUAGGAUUAAGAGGCGUAGAGGGGGAGCUGUAGGAAUAUGGCGAGACUCCGCUCUGACUCCCGGUGCACAGAAGUGACCUUUGACAUCGAAGGCAACCCAGACUCUUUUGUUCUGCUCAGCUGACAUCCACUUGUCACUCAGACACUUCUCUUUGUGAGGUUUCUCUCAAUGCCUCAAAGGAGCGCGUUCAAAGCCUUGACAUCAUGCCACACGAGCAACAAUCACUGGACUGAUGCAAAUUGCAGCAGCUGCGGGGAUGAACCGCUGGGGUCCGGGAAGAGCCGGGAAUGCCACUAAAUCGGACGGCAGUGGGCCGCGCGGAGGGAAGCUGAUGAUGCUGGUGUGGAUUAUCCUCUUCAGCUCGCUGUGCCUGAUGGUCGACGGGCAGAUGAAGAUCCCACCAGAAACGGUGCAGCAGUGGGCCGUGUCCUUUAGCAAGGAGAUUGCCGCUCUGUCCGCCAGGUACUCUGGAGCCAAGCUGCUACAGAAGAAAUACAAGGACAUCGAGGGGAUGGUGAAGAUUGAGGAGGUAGACGGAGAGGAGCUGGUGAAAAAGUUUGCAGAGGAGAUGGAGGAGAUGCUCGGGAGGAAGAUGAAGUCAGUGAAGAGGUUAGCAGAAGCAGCAGAGGAUGCAGAUUUAUACCACGAGUACAAUGAAACACUGGAGUUUGAUUAUUAUAACUCCAUGCUGAUCAACUCGUACGAUCAGGCUGGGAACUCGGUGCCGCUGGGGGGAGAAUUCCCUCUGGAGGCAAAUGAACACUUCAACACACUGCCAGUGAACACACAACUGAGCAACAUACAAGUCCCCACUAACGUCUACAACCGAGAUCCAGACAUUCUCAACGGAGCCUACAUGUCCGAGGCCCUGAACGACGUGUUCAUCGAUAACUUCCAGAAGGACCCGACUCUCACGUGGCAGUACUUUGGCAGCGCUACAGGCUUCUUCAGGCUGUACCCAGGGAUCAAGUGGACUUCAGAUGAACAUGGUGUGGUCACGUUUGAUAGCAGAAACAGAAAUUGGUAUAUCCAAGCGGCCACGUCUCCCAAAGAUGUGGUGAUCGUGGUGGAUGUCAGCGGGAGCAUGAAGGGACUCAGACUGACCAUCGCCAAACACACCAUCAAUACAAUCCUGGACACACUGGGAGAAAAUGACUUUGUUAACAUCAUUGCUUACAGUGAUUAUGUGCGUUACGUGGAGCCCUGCUUCAAGGGCACACUGGUACAAGCUGAUCUGGAUAACCGGGAGCAUUUCAAGAUUUUGGUUGAAGAGCUUCAUGUGAAAGGAGAGGGCAAAGUGAAAUAUGCAAUGAAGGAAUCUUUCAAGAUUCUCAAUGAGGCUGCUGCACUGGGCCAGGGCAGCCUGUGUAACCAGGCCAUCAUGCUGAUUACAGAUGGAGCCAUGGAGGACUUCCAAGAGGUUUUUAAAGAGUUCAACUGGCCAGAGCGAAGGGUUCGAGUUUUCACCUACUUAAUUGGACGUGAGAUGACAUUUGCUGAUAAUGUCAAAUGGAUCGCCUGCAAUAACAAAGGUUACUACACCCACGUCUCCACGCUGGCUGACGUGCAGGAAAACGUUAUGGAGUACCUCCAUGUUCUCAGCCGGCCGAUGGUCAUCAACCACGAUCAUGACAUCAUAUGGACCGAGGCCUACAUGGACACUGUGCUGUUCGAUACUCAGGCCCAAAGCCUGCUGCUGAUGACCUCGGUGGCCAUGCCUGUGUUCAGCAAGAAGAAAGAGACUUUGUCUCACGGGAUUCUGCUGGGAGUGGUGGGAACUGACGUGGCCCUAAGAGAACUGAUGAAAUUAGCUCCUAGAUACAAGUUGGGUGUCCAUGGUUAUGCCUACCUCCUCACUAACAAUGGCUACAUCCUGUCUCACCCUGACCUACGACCUUUGUAUAAGGAGGGGAAGAAGCUAAAGCUGAAACCCAACUACAACAGUGUUGAUCUGUCGGAGGUGGAGUGGGAGGACACUGAGGAGAAACUGAGGACAGCCAUGGUGAAAGGAGAAACUGGAACGUUAUCUUUAGACGUGAGAACGUCAGUGGAUAAAGGAACGAGAGUGAUGUUCCUGAAGAAUGAUUACUUUCACACCGUCCUCAAUGAGACGCCAUUUAGUCUGGGUAUAGUGUUAACUCAGGGAUAUGGACAGUAUAUCUUCAUCGGAAACGUCUCUGUUGAGGAAGGUCUUCAUGACUUACUGGCUCCAGAUCUGACCAUAGCCAGUGAGUGGACCUACUGUGAGACUGACAUCGACCCAGCCCACCGCAAGCUGAAUCAGCUGCAGGCUGUGACACGAUACCUCACUGGCAAAGAACCUGAAUUGGAGUGUGAUGAGUCAUUGUUGCAACAAACUCUGUUUGAUGCUGUGGUCACGGCUCCUAUGGAAGCUUACUGGACCGCUCUUAUGCUUAAUACAUCUGGUAUUGACGAUGGAGUAGAAACAGCGUUCCUGGGGACCCGUUCAGGCUUGUUGAGAUUCCAGCGGUACACUGGUAUUGAGAAAAGGGUUGCUAAGACUUUCCUGACCUCCACAGACAAGGAGAAUAUGUUCACACUGGACCAUUUCCCAGUAUGGUACCGCAGAGCAGCCGAGUACCCAGCUGGACAGUUUCUAUACUACAUGCCCAGACAGGACACUAGAGCAGGGCCGAUAGUGAUCUCUACCACUGCAGUCACUGUGACCGUUGGCAAGAAAACUGCCAUUGCUGGAGCCAUCGGUGUCCAGAUGACUCUUGACGCUUUUGAGUCCAGAUUCUGGUCCAUUACGUCCCAGCCAAAUGACACAGAUUGUUCUGACAUAGAAGGGAAAUGUCCUCUUCAGUGUGGCAGCUUUGAUAUCGACUGCUACCUGAUUGACAAUAAUGGCUUUGUCCUAAUUUCUAAACAGCGUAAUGAUGCUGGGAGGUUCUUUGGUGAGGUUGAUGGAUCAGUGAUGACCACGCUUAUCAGAAUGGGCAUGUUCAAAAGGGUGUCCUUGUUCGACUACCAGGCCAUGUGUAAGAUGAACUCGCACUCUGUCAACAGCGCUCGUCCACUGCUCAGUCCGUUCUAUGGUUUGGCGUCAGCGCUCAAGUGGCUCCUCUCCAACUUCCUUCUGUUCCUCCUGGAGUUUAAUAUCUGUGGCUUCUGGCACACGGAGCAUUUUGCUGAUGCGAAGCCAUCUUUCAGCGUGUCCUCAGCUCAUAAGAAAAAAGGGGACAUCCUGCAGCCGUGUGAAACCGAGUACCCCAGCUUCGUUUAUGAGCCGUCAGUCAAAGAGACCAACAGCAUUAUUAAGUGUGGACGCUGCCAGAAGAUGUUUGUGGUGCAACAGAUACCAGACAGCAACCUCCUGAUGCUGGUGGUUCAAGCAGACUGUGACUGUUCCAGACAGUACAGUCCAAUCACCAUGGAGCCCCAGGAAGUCAAAUAUAACGCCUCAGUAAAGUGUGACAGGAUGAGGUCGCAGAAGAUUCGCAGACGGCCCGAGUCCUGCCACGCCUACCAUCCACAGGAGAAUGCCAACGACUGCGGACGAGCUUCUUUCAUUUCUCUCUCAAUCUCUCUCUUCUUUAUCUGUCUUUCCUUCUCCACGAUCGUCUCUUGACGAUGGACAACCUUUGAUGUUCCAUCCAUUAUCGCAUGAAGGGGGGAGAUUGGAAAAAAUGAAGAAAUGUGUUUAAACACUGGACACCUCAAGUGGAUUUUUUUUAAAUGUUCCUAAUUAUGGACAAUUUGCUCAUGAAGACAACAAGUCACGUCUCUCCUGGCGGACAUGGACAUCGAUGUUAUUAUGAGUGUUUGUGGGUCACGCACCAUUUUGCAUCUCACAAUGAAAAGGGACUGAAGAGAUGCAGGUGGUGGCUGUGACGUGCUUUGAUGCAAGAGGCUUAUGAGUCACAAGAUGCAGCAAUUCAAGGGGGGGAAAUAUGUUUCUCAUUUCCCUUAUCACACUGAAUGGUGUGUUGCAAGCACACAUGCAUAUUAUAUAUGCGGCUGCAAGCAUGCAAACCUCCAAUAAUACAAGCAUCCAAUAUUUAUCAGCCACAAUGCUUUAUUCGAAGACUUUGCUCUUUUAAUUAUGAGUAAUAACCAGAGACAAGGGCUACAAAUGUAUAUGGCAGAACACUGUUGUGUUUCUGGUGAGAGUUUACCAUGGUUGUUUACACAAUUUAUGGAUAAUGGACAAUGGCUAAGAUUAAGGCUUGAUUCUUAAAAAGUCAUGGUUGCAUAGAAUUUAGAUUUAUAUUAAAAACUGAUAAAAGAUAAUAAAAAGGGUCAGCUCCUUGGGGGAAACUCAUUUUGAAUUUAUACUUUGAUCACAUCACAAUAUUUUUUUCUUUUUAAAUAAUGUCUGUCUGCCUUUCUGUCUUUAUCAGCUGUGUCUUUCUUUGUGUUUGUACAGAUACCUUUUGUAACUAUAUUUGUCUGGACGUGUGGAAACCUGAACUCUGGCAGCGUGUAUGUCUACAAUCUGCAUGGUUCACACAACUGUAGCCUGAAGUUCCAAAUGUUUUCGGAUCAUUUGUGUUUCGUGUGUAUGUGUUGGGGUUUUAAAAAAUGUUUUUUUUGUGUGUAAUUCCAAUGUAAAUGAAUCACACAGUAUUUUUGUACACAUCUGCUUGUAUGUUUCAUAUUUUGGACUGUUUUGUCUCAGCGUUUCAUCUUUGAGCUGUGAGUGUCCCUAAUGUUGUUUUCUAUCAUAUUUUUUCCAUCAUCGUACAAAGCAUGUCCGUUGAGUUGAACUAAUUCUGUUGACAGAAUUGCCUCAGACUUUGCCUGUUUAGGUAAUAGAUCAGAUACAUGUUGUGUGUGUGCAUCAUUACACGUUGUUCUCUCUCUUGCUGGGAUUAUUGCAGAACUCUGACUCAUUCAUUUGACUUUUGUUGGUAAUCUUCACUGUACAAUAUUGAGUGGUUGAUAUGUUCACAUUGUGAUUUGAUCGACUGAAGCCAUUAUUUGUACAAAGACCAAUAAAAUUAU